AUGAACAGCAGUGCCCAGCUCAAAACGGCAGUUGAAAAUAUCCAGGACGAGCUUCUGCGGAUAGUAGCUGUGGCAGACCUCCAACAACUCGAAACUUCUGUUGCUUCAGACGAGUUCAAAGCAAAGCUCAUCAAUGAGUUCAAUAUCAAGCUUCGAGGCUUCAAAAGCAAAGUGCGCGCCUUGACGGAAGAAAAUCGCAAGUUGAAGGCACGGAUUGCAGAGCUUGAAAAAAGUAAAAAGCCUCUCGCGGUCCGAAGUGUGCCUAACGAGACAUUUACAGCGCCAGCCAAAAGACCGCGUGUCUCGGACGAGAACGAAGAGCAGGUGCAAAUCUUGUCGAGUCCGCUUAAAAACGGGCCAGACAUGACCAGCUCGCAGUUCAACAAGUUACCGACUCAGUACUCGAGCCAGAGUAUCCCAAGCCUUGCAGAACGGCCCGAUCUCAAGCCACCUGUUCUGGAUUUUGGCACUAGAAUUGGCUCCCCUGAAGCCGCGCGGAUCAGUUCGCCUGAGAUUGGCGCGGACUUCGAGUCGCCAAAUCCUCGAGUGCGCGAAGACGCCUCUCCAUCCGAUAAUUCGGCGCCUAUGCGCCAAUCCCUCUCACCCGAGCUUGGCGAGUAUGCAAAAUUGCCCGCGCCUCGAGUGCGCUCGCCCGCCUCGUCUCCGGUAUCAGUUGCAUUUGCCGACGUUGUGGCCGAUUCCCAGGAAUCAUGUGAGCCUUUGGAAACGGUUCCACAACACUACACGUCGCUCCAACGGGCACAAUUCCUCCGUAACUAUUUGCGCAUGAAACUUUCAGACCCAAAAUUCCGCGUGUGCUUACGACAGAAUCCUGUCACCGAACAACCUUGGGUGCUAGACGAUUUCCAACCCAAUGCUUCUUACUGCAAACCCAAGCACGCGCCAAGCCGCGCUCGCGCCAUGACAAAGGCCCAGGAGCAAGUGUACGACGCAUUUUUCCGCGAGGCUGGCUUUGGAGCCCCAGCUGCUGGACCAAGAUGGGAUGAUGCAGAGGAAUCACAAUCGGCACCACCCCGCUCGCAGAUCAUGGAUAAGUAUCUGUCACCUCCCGGAUUCAUGGAAGCUCUGUUUCCCAGCACGCAGGAAGAGGCGAGACGAAAACAACAGGUGCGCGAAAAGAGUGAGGCGCGGCUUGCAAGAAGGCUUGAGAGCGCUCUUGCCGGCGGCGAGUUUGUGUUUUGCGAGGAGGUGUUGAACACUUAUGUUACGCAAGGCCGGUACACCCGCUAG